AUGGAGAAGAUGUUCUCAACUGAUCCUCAUAUUCCACUAUCACCCACGGCCUACAACCAUUGUCGAGUUGAAUUGACUUUGCAGCAGCAAUCAGAGACAAGUAUCGAUGAUUUCGGCGGACGAGACAUGCACAGGGCGAACGGAACGUUGGGCACUUCGAGUGGACCAUCUGGCUCUAUAUCUAACGUGGGCGCGCGCGCGGCUAAAGCAAACUGCGACUCAGAACGACCUCAUUUCCCGUUGGAACAACAUGGAUCUGGAGAGAUGAUCACUUUCAUCCCUCCUACAGCUUUAUGUAUCGCCUUGAACAUCGCAGCAGCGAUGAGUCCUCUUGAGCCUUGGCCAGAGUAUCUUCCCCGGGGAAGACGGGGUGGAUCUGAGACAAGAGCUCCUUGUCAAUGGUUAAUUACAUUGACAGGUCAUUAUCGACACGCCAAUCGAGGACGACAAAACAACCGCCUCGUGUCGGGCGUGCGGCUCUCAGUAGUACCUACAGUAGCCCUAGAAUAUAUACGUGACCAGGGGGCGAGUAGCCAGCUUGCUAUGUGUUAG